GACGUAGAAAUCGAGAGCAUCCUGUUGACACUUGGGAAGAGAUGAAAGCUGUGAUGAGAAAACAAUUUGUUCCUAGUCACUACUAUCGUGAUCUCUAUCAACGAUUGUAGGGCCUUACUCAAGGGUCCAAAAGCAUUGAGGAUUAUAUUACAAAGAGAUGGAAAUCGCAAUGGUUAGAGCAAAUGUGGAAGAGGACAGAGAAGCAACUAUGGCACGGUUUCUGCAUGGCUUAACUCAUGAUAUAGCUAAUGUGGUGGAGCUGCAGCAUUAUGUGGAAUUAGAAGAUAUGGUGCAUAUGGCGAUGAAAAUAGAACGGCAACCCAAGCGUAAAGGAGCCACCACCAGAACUGGGCAAAAUUCAGGUUCCUCAUCUUCUUGGAAACUGAAUUGGAGCAAAAAGGAAGAAAAUUAUGCUUUUAAGCCUAAAACUGCAGCAUCUAAGUCAAAAGAAGUUGGCAACAAUGAGAAGAGUAAAAUAGAUAAUACGCAAGGCAAAAACCGAGACAUCAAGUGUUUUUGAUGCUUGGGAAGGGGGCAUGUAAAUGAACAAGCUCCUUGAAGAAUAAAUCAACAAUAUUGCUUGCAUCAUCGGUUUUAUGACAUGGAAUGAAGUGUGCCAUCUUCG